UUACUCACCUAAGAAUUCACAAGUGAUCCUCUGUGGUGAUCUCAACUGCUCGACAUUCAGCCUCAACGAGGAAGAUAUGGAGUCCGUCGAGUUGAUGAUGUUCCAUCGCAAUGGAUACCAAGAUGCGCUGAAGGUCUUCAACCCUGAGGCGGGUCGACUCCCCAACGAUCAAAUGCGCGAAGUCAUUACCAAAGCUUUUGAGGCCCGGCAUAAAUCUGAAGAAGCUGAGAAAAAAUCACAAGUCGAUGAGAAGACAAAUAAAACCGCCGAAAACGACGAAGUCAUCGAAACCGAAGUUGCUGAUGAUGAACCGAAGGUUCAAGAAAUCAGUGAUGAUGAAGUUCCCCUUGUCCCUAAGGGUGAUGGCGUUGAGGAAAAGCAAGAUUGCAAGAAAUUGGAAAAGAUCAACUCGGAAGUGGAAGGAUCUUUGGAACGCCUGAAAAUGCCGCUCACUUGGGACGGG